AGGCAGACUCUGGCAUCUCCGCGGCGGCUGUGGCAGCGCUCUUCAGGGCCUCCUCCCGCAGGUGUAGAAUGGCAACCCUUAAGGAGAAGCUUAUCGCCCCUGUUGUGGAAGAGGAAGCCGGGGUGCCAAACAACAAGAUCACCGUAGUGGGUGUGGGGCAAGUUGGUAUGGCCUGUGCUAUCAGCAUUCUGGGAAAGUCUCUUGCUGAUGAACUUGCCCUUGUGGACGUUUUGGAAGAUAAACUCAAAGGAGAAAUGAUGGAUCUGCAGCAUGGGAGCUUGUUUCUUCAGACGUCUAAAAUUGUGGCAGAUAAAGAUUACUCUGUAACUGCCAACUCAAAGAUUGUAGUGGUGACUGCCGGAGUCCGUCAGCAAGAAGGGGAGAGUCGCCUCAAUUUGGUGCAGAGAAACGUCAAUGUCUUCAAGUUCAUUGUUCCUCAGAUUGUCAAAUACAGCCCUGACCGCAUCAUCAUUGUGGUUUCCAACCCAGUGGAUAUUCUUACCUAUGUUACCUGGAAACUAAGUGGAUUGCCCAAGCACCGUGUGAUUGGAAGCGGAUGCAAUUUGGAUUCGGCUCAAUUUCGCUAUCUUAUGGCUGAAAAACUUGGCAUUCAUCCCAGCAGCUGCCACGGGUGGAUCCUGGGCGAGCACGGGGACUCGAGUGUGGCUGUCUGGAGUGGAGUGAACGUAGCGGGUGUGUCCCUCCAGGAUCUGAAUCCGGAAAUGGGCACAGACAACGAUUGUGAGAACUGGAAGGAAGUGCAUAAGAUGGUGGUUGAAAGUGCCUACGAAGUCAUCGGCUUGAGUGUAGCUGAUCUUAUUGAGUCCAUCCUGAAGAAUCUCCAGGAUUCACCAGUGUCAACCAUGGUCAAGGGCAUGUACGGCAUUGAGAAUGAAGUCUUGAGCCUUCCCUGCAUCCUGAAUGCUCGGGGCUUGACCAGCGUUAUCAACCAGAAGCUGAAGGAUGAAGAGGUCGCUCAGCUCAAGAAUAGUGUGGAUACCCUGUGGGACAUCCAGAAGGACCUAAAGGACCUGUGACUACUGUGUUCUAGGAUGUAGAAGUGUAGAAACUACCCUGUGACUAAUCCUGAGCUUUCGCCUUCAUCCAUAUCCACGGGUCACGGCUUGCUUCUUCCUUAAUAUCUGAUAGGAGCCCACAGAAUCAAAGCCCAGGCUUGGAUUAAUGCUUGCAGUGUGAGGUCUUGAACAAAUAAAAUUAACUAUUGCAGUGU